GUACAAGUAUAUAUAAGUUGAAUUUUGAUGGUUAAUUUCUUACCAUUCACAGGAGAUCGUAACAUAAAUACCAAACAGACAGGGUCCCUCGUUAAUUCAGAUCCUGUGCGUGAGAAUAAGGGGAUAGACAGGUUACAGAAACAGAGGAAGAUGGCGAGAACUCCAAGCUGCGACAAAAGUGGUCUGAAGAAAGGAACGUGGACGCCAGAGGAAGACAGGAAGCUAAUUGCGUAUGUUACUAGGUACGGCUGCUGGAAUUGGCGCCAACUUCCCAAGUAUGCUGGCCUGGCAAGGUGUGGAAAAAGUUGCAGACUUCGAUGGCUGAAUUACCUGAGGCCCAACGUCAAAAGAGGCGAUUACACUCCUGAAGAAGAGCAGCUUAUCAUCCAACUGCACCACCAGCUGGGAAACAGAUGGUCCGCGAUUGCUGCAAAGCUGCCAGGGAGAACAGACAACGACAUAAAGAACUACUGGCACACGAAUCUCAAGAAGCGGGUUCAAGACAAGUCGGGAAAACCGGCCCGAGUUGAAGAGAAGGAGCCAUCAUCAGGUGAAAGAAUGCAAGUUAACGAUGCUGCUGGGGCUUGUGAUGAUAAUAAUCAGAUCGGGGGGGAAACAAGCCGUCGGCCGUCGCCUGAUCAGUCGUCGUCGAGUGUAACGACGGAGACCACAACAGGAGGCAGCAGCGAAUCCCGUUUGAUAGUGGAAGAUGAUGAUGAGUUUGCUUUUCUGAAUGAUGCAUUGGCAGACGUGAAUUUCUGGACAGAUCCCUAUGUGGCUGACAUUUUCUGUGACCCUACGCAAACAGCGUCUCUGCCCCCUUCGUUAACCGAUCAAUUCGAUUACUUUACUCCUGAUCCGUUGUGUGAUGCAAUGCUCUGGACUCAAAAUUAUGUUUACGAUCAGUGUCCCGGCUUAUUCUCAUGAAUAUAUAAUACAUUCAAAUAUGUUGUACUGUUCACGGGCCUUUAUAUAUAUGUGU